CGGCGCCGGAGAGGGGUCCUCUCCUUAGCUUCUAGUAGAUCCUCCUGUCGCCGUUGUUUCCUUCCGCGGUGAGGCUGGUUUGUGGUGUCGUUCGGGGUCCUCUCUUGUUGGUGGUUCCAGUGUGCUUUUCUGACGCGUGGCGCGUCGAAUCGUCGGGUGGUGGUCUCCGGUGAUGGAUUGGUGUAGUCGCUUCAUGUCUUCAUCGAUCCCGUGGCUUUUCUCUGGCGGAUCUGGGUUGGCGAUUUCUUCGAGUGUCGGUGUGUCUCUGGUGGGUUGGUUGGCUCUGGUGAGGAGUGGGUGGGGGCUUCGCUUUGGUUGAGUUUCAUGGGGUCGACUUCCGGUGAGUCUCUCACUGGUUUUGCAGAUAUCCUCCUCCCAGACGGUGUCUUGCGCCUUGCUUGUCGGAUCCGGUUUCACGUGACAGAGAAGAAGUAUGGGUACUCACAUCGAUUUCAACAACUUAGGCGGCGAUUUGUCUGGAGGGAAUGAGUGUAAUGCUAACCAGUCAAAGCCAUUGGCGAGGCAGUCUUCGUUAUAUUCCUUAACGUUUGAUGAGCUUCAGAGUACAUUAGGUGAGCCAGGGAAAGAUUUUGGGUCAAUGAAUAUGGAUGAGCUACUCAAGAACAUAUGGACUACUGAGGAUAGUCAAGCCUUUAUGACUGCUACAUCUUCGGUUGCAGCAGCGAGACCUAGUGGUUGUGUUCCGGGAGGGAAUGCUUUACAGAGGCAAGGCUCCUUGACUUUGCCUAGAACGCUUAGUCAGAAGACUGUCGAUGAAGUCUGGAAAUACUUGAAUUCGAAAGAAGGUAGCAAUGGGAAUACUGGAACGGAUGCGCCUGAGAGGCAACAGACUUUAGGGGAAAUGACUCUGGAGGAUUUCUUGCUCCGUGCUGGCGUUGUUAAAGAAGAUAAUGCUCAGCAGAACGAAAACAGUAGUACCGGGUUUUAUGCUAACAACGGUGCUGCUGGUUUGGGGUUUGGAUUUGGUCAGCCGAAUCAAAACAGCAUAUCGUUCAACGGCAACAAUAAUUCUAUGAUCAGGAAUAAAGCACCUGGUUUAGGCCUCAAAGUUGGUGGAACCAUGCAGCAGCAGCCACAUCAGCAGCAGUUGCAGCAGCCACAUCAGAGACUGCCUCCAACUAUCUUUCCAAAACAAACGAAUGUGACAUUUGCAGCGCCUGUGAAUAUGGUCAACAGGGGUUUAUUUGAGACUGGCGCAGAUGGUCCAGUCAACAGUAAUAUGGGAGGAGCAGGGGCCACUGUUACAGCUACUUCUCCUGGGACGAGCAGUGCAGAAAACAAUGCUUGGUCAUCACCAGUUCCUUAUGUGUUUGGUCGGGCAAGAAGAAGCAAUACCGGCCUGGAGAAGGUUGUUGAGAGAAGGCAAAAGAGAAUGAUCAAGAAUCGGGAAUCCGCUGCUAGAUCAAGGGCUCGAAAGCAGGCUUAUACCUUGGAACUGGAAGCCGAGAUCGAAAGUCUCAAGCAAAUGAAUCAAGAUUUGCAGAAAAAACAGGCUGAAAUUAUGAAAACUCAGAAUACUAAAGGAAUCGUCGAAGCAGCCUCCACUGCUGGCCAAAAGACAAUGCUUGAGAAGAACCCUUACCGGUCCGUGGUAAGAAGGUGAAGUCAAAGCAAGAAGAGCCUGCUAAUGUAAUACAUCACCAAAAAGAAGACAUUGGGAGACUAAUAUGUAAUAGAUGAUAGUGCUACUG